AUGGCGCAUCAAACAGACUCAGUAACUAUCCACGAUGUCAUCACAUUUUUGCAGGGCUUUGACCCAAAGGAUAGAUUCUUAACUGUUAUUGAGAAAGAUGAUGGUUUUAAUUACAUCUGCACUUUAAUACUGCCUCUUGUAUUUCGUCAUGCGUCUCAGUCAAAACUUUUACCUCAGGGCAACAGCCUACCAAGGAUACAACGAAUUCAGAAGAUUGUGGUUUUAGAGGGCAUAUUCCCUGAGCUGUCCUCACGAAAACACGCCACCGCUUCUAAAGGCCCUUUAUCAUCAGAGCAAAAGACAAUGCCAGAUCCCAAUACGAUUCUAGAAGAUACCCAAUCAUUGGACAAAAGCAGAACGCCAGUUCCAAAUGAAAUUCCACAACAUGACACGACUCUGGAAGGGUCCCGAUCAUCUGAACGAAGUUCAGCGCCAGAUCGCAAUGAAACCCAUGAAUCGACCUCACCGCAGCAAUGUACCUUGGUUGUUCAUAAUGCCUCAUGCGUUGAUUCGUCUUCACUCCCAGCAGAUAGUUCUUCUCCAGCAGCUUUAUUAUCAGAAACUGUUCCAUUCCAGGAUAGUGCUAUAGAGCUCUCGGAGAAUUCUUUGUCAUUAAGAAACUCCCAGGCUGCUGUACAAGGGCAAAUCACUCCUGGGGAUCCUGGAACAGAAACGAACCCCAUACCAAUUACAGAACAGGAUAAAGAGAGAACGCUAGAUUACACGACCCUGGCGAGCACCAUUAAAAUCUCUUUAAACUUCUCAUUAUGGUCUAACUCUCCAGAGUCAUUUUGGAACGACUCCAAGGGGGCGCUAAAUCCCAAGGACCACAGUCUCAUCAUCAAUCCUAGAAUCUUUGUCAAAGACGCACUUGAAAAAAAAUCUCAACUUGACGCCAAAAUACUUCAAAACAGGUUCUACUCUAUCAUAAUUUACAAGAUCUACGAAAAAUUGAUAUCAUCGCCACAAAUUAGAUCAACCUUGGUCAAGCAGUUUCUUAAUGGCCUUGGUCUACCAUCGGACCCUACGUCUCAAUCAUUUUGUUCACGGUUCCUUCAUGGUGGACGAAGACGGAAAGAAUUCUGCCAACGAGUCGCUCCUAAUGGCCAUGAACCUGAUUAUGGCGUUUUACUGAUCCCAGAGCUUAACGAUAUGACGUGGGAGCAGUCAACUUCGCGUGUCCGAGAAAGAUGCAAUGCAAUCGUUGAUUUAUUCAAGGCACAGGGCAUCUUUUCGUGGUCAGAGAGGUCUGGAGCUCGAUCUGCUGCCAAUAGCAUCAUCUUUUCUCGCCAGCCGCUUUUAGAUCAUUUCCAAACUCAAUACUACAAUAUCCAAGGCCAGAAACGGCGAUUCGAUUUUGUAGAAGGUUUGUCUUUCAAGCGAAUUUAA